UCUUGUGGCACUCUUAAUUAAAUUGAUAAAAAUUGUAUUCUGUUAUGUAUUGAACAUUGUAUUAAAUAUUGUAAAUUAGAUAGUAAAAAAAUAUUAUUUUAUAGAAAAUAUGGAGAUCACAAACGUAAGGUCUCCAACUAAGUUGAAUCAUAGCGACGAUGAUGAAUAUGAAGAACCGGAGCACACCAGAAAAAUAUUUGUAGGUGGGUUAGACUACAGAACAACAGAUGCUUCUUUAAAAAAAUUUUAUGAGCAAUGGGGAGAGAUUGUUGAUGUUGUUGUAAUGAAGGAUCCUCAAACAAAGAGAUCUCGAGGUUUUGGGUUCAUAACAUAUUCCCAAGCACACAUGGUUGAUGAUGCACAAAGGAAUAGACCUCACAAAAUCGAUGGGAGAAUUGUCGAGCCAAAAAGGGCUGUGCCUCGUGAUGAAAUCAAAAGGCCAGAUGCUAGUGCUACUGUUAAGAAGUUGUUUGUUGGUGGUCUGAAAGAAGAUAUUGAAGAGGAAGAUUUGAGAAAAUAUUUCAGCUCUUAUGGUGAUAUAGUAUCUGUUAGCUUAGUCUCGGAGAAAGAUACUGGCAAUAAAAGAGGAUUUGGUUUUGUAGAAUUUGAUGACUAUGACCCUGUUGAUAGAAUAUGCUUGCAACAAACACAUAAAAUUAAAGGAUAUAGCCUAGAUGUAAAGAAAGCAAUGUCCAAAUCUACAUAUGCAUCUGGCGGUAGACGUGGUGGUCGUGGCAGCUGGAGCAACAGACAAGGAGGUCGGGAUUGGAGUGAUUCUGGAUAUGGACAAGGAAGUGGAUGGAAUCAUCAAAGCCCAUGGGAUACCUCCAGCAACUGGGGCAAUCAGGGAUAUGGUGAACAGACAGGGUGGAAUCAAGGAUCUAAUAAUUUUGGUAGUGGAUACCAACAAAACUACAGUGGAGGUCCGAUGCGUCAAAACUUUAAUAACCCUCGACAGCAACCCUAUAAUGCAGGUGGAGGCUAUAACACUGGGGGUAACCGAAGUUUUAACAACUUGGAAAAUCCUCCAUCUGGAGGCAAUCAGCGACGCUUCUAACUUAAUCUGUCUCUUGUAAGUAUGAGUAUUAUUUUUUAUUUAAACUAAUCAAUUUGAUCAUAAUUUAAAAUAUAGUCAUUUAAAUGUAAUAAUCAUUACCUUACAUUACAAACAUUAAAUGUUAACUAUAUCACAAUUUUACCAUAUUAUAUGUAUACAUUAGUAAAACUAAUUGUUAAAAGUAUUAUAUUACUUUGGAAUUAAUAGAAUCAAACUAAAUUUUAUUUAACAUUUAUGUAAUAUGAUUCUCAUUAGUGAUAUAAGAUUAUAAAGUAAACUCUAAUUUUUUUUAUGGUGACAUUUUAAUUAUACAAAAAAUAUAUUAUAUAUUAUUAUUAGCCGAUUGAGAAUUAUUAUUAUUCCGGGCACGCUUAGCAAAAAUUUGAUAGAUGUUUGAUAAUUUAAACAUUUUUGAAUGCUUAGGUAUCAAGUUGCGCUUAGUCGAAGCUAGGGAGGCUGAUAGAUAGACAGGAGGUAGGCGGGAGUCAGCUAGCUAGUGAGGAAAGAUGACUCGAACCACCUAGUCAGUUUACAUUUAUUUCCUAUAAGGUUGGUCCAGGUACUGUGAGGCACUAGAUACAUACAUUUUUCGUCAAGCACUGUCACAGUUUUUACAUGUUUUUUCUCGGCACACAGAGGUUUUGCUCUAUUUAUUAUAGUCUUAAUUGAAAGGAGUUUUUGAUUGAUAUUGUAAAAGCUGUGCUAUUUUAAGGGUUACGUUUCUAGCAUAUAAGUGAUGCAAUAUGUUAAUGUUUAUUAUCUUUAUAAAUUUUUAAUAUUUCUAUUAUUUAUUUAAAAUUUCUGCCAGUUUAACAUUCCUAUUAAUUUUAAAGCAUAUAUGAAGUGCAAUUUUAUUGAAUAAUGUAUAUUCAUUUUUAUUUAGUAUUAUAAUUAUAAGGCGGUUCUUGUUGGACAUUAUUCCGAUCUCAUUGUUAAAAUUUUAAUAAUUAUAGGUAUAAAUUAUAAAAAAAAUUUAAGAGUUCCUUGAUGUUAAAUUAUAUUCGUAUUUUUUAUAAUCUUAAUAUAAAUAUAGAGAUGUUGUUUUUCUUCAUAUUUUACUUCGUGUAUUAAGUAUAAUGUAGAAUAACCUACAUUUCAUUUAAUAUUUGUGUGAAUUAUAAUUAAAUUGAGACUGUUUUCCAUGGACUCUUCUACACUUGGACAAGCAUCCGUUCGUGGAAAA